GCAUUAUGCAAAUGAGCGUGGGUAGUGCAUCGGCAGCGCGAGGCAGAUUAGAGCUGUGCCUGGGAUCAGUGAGCACACGCGCUCUGUCCCCCUCCCUCUCAGAGCAACUAGUGCCUCUGUCUGUCUCUCCUUUCUCCGCUUUUCCUCUCUCUUUAGCGUUUCACUAGUUUUCCCUCAUUUUGUUGUUCCCGUCGGCGGAUGAUUCGUGUGUUUCUCUUUGAGAAGCAGCUCUGAUUUUCCUUUGUGUAAAAAAAAAAUCGCGCAUUUGCACGGACUCGCGCUGCGCGCACACCUCCCCGGUUAAACCAGCGCCGUUUCCUCUUUUCUAGUUAAACGGAAAUAAGAAUAAAGAAAAUGCAUCUUUACAAUUUCAUCGGCAUUUCCCCAUGUAAGCACACAUAUUCCCCCGUAUGUUAGUGUUUGGUGUAUAGCACUUAGAACGAGCGCUGGUUUGAGGUUUAGAGAGACCGGGCUGUAAGUAGGUCGGGCUGGGUUUAAGCGGCUUUAGCCUGCGUCAGCCUAAGCUGGGAGGAAUUCACCCAAAGCCCUCCGCGGUAGGCGGGGGCCUAAACGAGGCUGGCCUAGUUAAGCCUGAUUCUUAUUGUUGCCCGUGUGGGUUGUGUAACACAGAGCAGAGAAGACCUCGGAUGAGAGAGAGUACAUGCAGUUAGACAGAGACUGUUUGAUUGAGAAUCCAUGAAGGGGGAGAAAGAAGAGGGACAAGGAAGAGAGUGAGUGAGAGUUAAACCAGUAUUAGCCUGAGCCUCAUCACAGAACAGAAAGAAAGGGGAGGUAGAGAACCAGACCAAAUCUCAAAAGAAGGAGAGGAAAAGAGGCGAGAUAUUGUGUUGAGUUAGUGCUGGUGUCUAGGCCUGGCUCGGUCCAGUCUGGUUCCCUGGGCUAUGUUCUAAGAUGGCGUCUGGGUCCGUCUACAUGUCGUCCAGUAUGGUGGGUAAGGCUCGCUCCUCCAACUUCACCCUGUCUGAGAAACUGGACCUGCUGAAGCUGGUCCGCCCACACAUUCUCAUCCUGGAGGAGCACACCAACAAGCACGCUGUCAUUGUGGACAAGAACAAGUGCUGGGACACAGUGUCUGAUCAGUACAACGUCCUGGGGGGGGACAGGCCCCCCCGCACUGCCCAGGGCCUACGCACCCUCUACAAGAGGCUGAAGGAGUCGGCCAAACAGGAAGUAAUGCAACGGAGACACGCCCAGCCAGAGUACAGAGGAAGUAUAUCUGAACCAACCAGGAGAGUGAUGGAGAUGAUACCUCACCUUUUCCAUCACGGAGCUAUUCACCAUGAUAAAGACCCAGCGACGAUGCACAGGGUGAUGUAUAAGCAUGACUCUCCCAUGGAGCAACCUGGCAGCAGCUCCUCCCUCCCAGACUACCCAUCAAACCCCGUCACCCACCACCUGGACCAGGAUGUGGUCAGGCUGGACCAGGAUGUGGUCAGGCUGGACCAGGACGUGGACGUGAAGCCUCCGCCAGACCUGACCAUCCUCUCCACGCGUGUGGGGGUGGUGCUAGGAGGAGAGGGGGCGGAGGAGGAAGAUGAGGACUUGGGCAGUGUCCAUGGUUAUGACGGCUCCCUCUCUCCCUGCCCAUCCUCUGUCGUCCUGCCCCUCUCCACCUCACCCGUUCCACUGCAACGUGACCUUUACCCUCAUGACCACUACCCCCGCUGUGACCCUGACAGGCUCCGUCCCCUUCAGCUGGCCAAGGAGGAGCACGAGCAGGUCAUGACCAAUCAUAGAAAGAUGGGCGUAUACCUGGAGGAGAAGAGGGAGGGGCUAAAGAGGAAGCAGGAACUGGAGGAGGAGCUUCUGAGAGCAAAAAUCAAAGUAGAGAAACUGAGGGCAGCCAGGCUGAGACAUGGACUUCCACUGCCCCUAUAACUAACACACCCAUGGCCUGACUGGGCUGACCAUAUGGAACUCAGGAGGAUGCUCUGAACUGUUUCUAUGUCUGUGUUUAGCGUGUGGAAGAGGGGUUUGGCCCGAGAAAUAAUGUUUGUGUGAUGAACAGUGAGUUUGAGGGAGGAUUUAAAGGUCCAAUGCAGCCUUCUCUCUCAAAUCAUUUCUGGGUAACAAUGAAUUACAUUACUGUGAUUGUUUUCUAUUAAAAUGCUCAAAAAGA